GUUAACGGGGGCGGGGAGGGAUGCACAAGCCAAGGGGCUGGCUGCGCUCUGCUGACUGAGCCGGGCAGCGCAUUCCGCAGCGGACGCGCCGGGCGCUGCACGGGUGGAGGCGAGGAGCAGAAUCUGGAAGAAAUAUGAACAAAAUGAACUGUAUCCUGUUCACUGUCUUCAUUGUUCUGAUUGCUUAUUGCAAUUCUGGAUAUGCUCUGAGGUGUUACACUUGUGCAAAUAGUCCUUCGCUGUGUUCAACCAAUGCUACCUGCACCCAUGGAGAUGAUACUUGCUUACAGAUCAAGCUUCAUAAUUUGAAAACCUAUACCUGCUGGAAACACGCCCGAUGCAACAUGAAUGAGAUUGCUGAUGAUUUUGGUGUUGACAACUUUCAUUUCUUCUGCUGCCAAAAGGACUUUUGCAACAAGGGUCCAGCCACAGUGGUUAGUAAAACAGCCUUCAGCAUUGUGACUGUGAUGACCAUGAUCUGGAUACUCUUUUAAUCUCGAAACAAAAAGAAAUAUUUUUCUGUUUGUAUUGCUAAAUAUUUUCCUAGAUCUCUACCAAUAGUGUGGUGAAGUAUUUUGUCCUCUGAUUUAUAAAUCAUGAUUCACAAAAUGUUCUCUAUUGGAUAAAUUACUAUCCAGAGCUCUCUGGAAAGAGAGGCAUAUUGUGUAUCAGUCAGAAAGAACAUUUUGUGUUGCCUCAGUUGGAGGAAAAUGUCAUCUUUUAGAAAAAUCUGUAUAUAAGGGGGAGGAAUGGGAAAAUACAUAUUAAUUGCUAAAAAUUGUAAUUUCUCAACGCUCUAUGAAUUUGCAGUUAUGUUUUUCUCUCUUGUUCAAUAUGUUUUAUUAGCCUUCAGUGAAUCCAUAUUAUCCAGUGAAUUCUCCUGCUGUUUCAAAAUACAAUUUAUGAUCUUAUUAACAUAGCUGAAAUCCUAGUUCUUGUUGAAAUAUGAUUAGCUGUGAUUGGAAAUAAAUUAUGUAGCCACUGAAAUUGCAUUAUUUUGGGGAAAAUAUUUUGAGUGUGUUACAACUGAAAAUUAAAUUGAGGUGCAUUUGAAGUACAUGAGGAAUGCCUUGCCUCUCUGUAGAGUUCUAUGAACAUGUAGGUACAUGUAUGUGCUGCUUCAACAUCUUGUGUAAAUUUUAUCUUUUGCUCAUGGUGGCUUUCACAACAAAAAUUUAAGCUGAACAGCUUCUUUGCACAGCAGUCAACUUUGUAUAUUCAGAGUUGUGUGAAAUCUUUUGGCUUCAACCUGAUAUUUUUGUCUGAAAAACAGUUAAGAGUUUAAAAGCAGAAUUUUCAGUUUGGAUAUGCUUUAUAUAUUUUCUGCUUGAAAACAGAUUCAGCAAAUGCAACUAACUCUUCCAGCUUCUAAAUGUGGAUGUUCCAGAAAGACUUGUAGAACUUUUGUGCAACAUUUAUAACUGCCAAUAUUUUAUUAUUGCUGCUAAUAAACAUGUAUUGAAUGAAAAAUGCGCAUUCUAUAUAUAGAAAGAUAGCUUUUGACACAGCCUUCAUCUUGCUGCCAGUUGUACUGUCUUACUAAGUGAUGGGCAUAGGUGUAGGUGCUUUUACUAUAUUUGGUGGCCCUGCUUUUAAUUUGUACUCUGUAAUAUCAAAUCUUCUUCUGCUUCCUUAGGGGUAUACUACCUACUUGCUGCAGGGAAGGGGGUCAGUUACCAAAGAUAUUUUUAUUUCUGAGAUGCAUGGUCUGUGGUAACCAGAGUCUCCUAUGAUGAUUGGUCUUGUACACUGCUGCUUUGCUGCCAUAGCUAGGGCCAGAUGAAGAUACCGUAUCAUUCUAUAUAGAACAUAUGACUGUUUGAUUUUAGUUUCAUUUGGCCAAAAUGAUUCAAGCUAUUAUGAUAGUCUGGUAUUUAUCUGAUCACUCUGAACAUGAGUGGUGACCGUGGUUUUUCAUUAAUAAAAAAGGACAAAAAUAAACAAAA